GAAAGACGCCAUAAACACACAAGCUUGAAGGUUGAAGCUUCGCUUUUGUGUCAGUCGUCUGACAGAUACGACGUCUGACAGACGCUGUUUUGUGAUUUUUGUGCAAUUUAUGUUCCCGGUCGAUCGACCGUCUUCACAAUGCUACGGUUUUGGUUUAUUGUCUUGACUGCAAUUGCUCUAGCCAGUUGGCAUGUAGUUGGCGAAGCCCCUGCCUCCAACCCUGGGCAGCUUCCUACCAUCAGCCACAGCAAGAAAGUUCCUGCCAUCAGCCUUGGGCAGCUUCCUACCAUCAGCAUUAGCAAGAAAGUUCCUGCCAUCAACUUUGGGCAGCUUCCUGCCAUCAGCAUUAGCAAGAAAGUUCCCGCCAUCAACCUCGGUGACUACCCAACAACUGAAUUCCAUCUUGAUGACGUCGCCAGCUUCUUUGGUAUUGAAGCUGGUUUCAAAAAAAGCUUCAGAGUGCUGGAUUUGUACAGAACUAUAGGGCAACUGGGUGCUCUGGACGAUGUCAAGUUUCUCCUGUGGACGAGGUCAAACACCGGUGAUGAUGACUAUUAUAAUCUCCAGCCAGGAAACCUAACCAACCUGGCGCUCUCGCCCUUUGAUCCAUCAUUUCCCACGCUCAUUAUCUUCCACGGUUUUGCCGACAACGGAAAGAAUACUUGGAUCUUGCAUGCAAAAAAAGCGUUACUCGAAUUGCAACAAUGCAAUGUUAUUUCUGUCGAUUGGUGGACUCUAGUAUUGCACCCUUGGUACAGAGAAGCCGCAAUGAACAGCUUUAAGGUGGCCAACUACACAGCCGGCUUUAUAGACUGGCUGAACGAACAGACUGGCUUACUCCCUUCUAAUAUUCACAUCACUGGGCAUUCGUUAGGAGCCCACGCAGCUGGCUUCACUGGGAAGUAUAUUAAAUGUGGUCAGAUUGGGAGAAUCACCGGACUGGAUCCUGCAGGACCCCUGUUCUAUUUUCGGGAUGCCGACCACCGUAUUGACAAGUCUCACGCAGCCUAUGUAGAUAUCAUCCAUUCAAAUAGCGGACAACUUGUCAUGGGUUGCUAUGGCUUGUACGAAGCCGUGGGACACGCCGAUUUUUAUCCUAAUGGGGGAAGACACCAACCUGGAUGUAUUAUUAGUGGGAAUGCGACAAUAUUAGAUGACUGGCAGGACUUGAUGCACAACUGCAGCCACGCGAGAGUGACAGAUUUUUGGGUUGAAAGCAUAACUGCUCUGGAACCUUCGCAAAUGUUCACAGCUUGGCCAUGCCACGAUUACGAGUGUUUCGCCAGUGGUCUGUGCACCGUAUGUGGGCCACUAGGCUGCCCCCAUAUGGGUUUCCACGUCGAAAAGAGCAUGCAUGGCAUUUUCUACCUGAAUACUCGGGCAGAACCUCCUUACGCUCAAGGCGAUCAGCAGUAGCCAGACACGACGGAGAGCGCCAUUCGAAACUUCAAGAUUAGGUAAAACUAACUUUCACUCGGUGCUUUUUGUCAGCCUUUUCUCUGGAAGUUUCAGAAACGCCAGAACUUUGUCCAACCCGGGCUCGUUGUUUGAAAGGUACAUUGUAAAAUUUAACCCUUCUAAACACCAUUUAAAACUGUGAAUUUUAAUUGUAGACUAGGUUCUUUUGUUUGCGAACUCUUGUACAGACUACAUUUGCAUUGCUUGUAUUCAUAGAAAGCUGCUUUUUUUUAUUUUUCUGACUUUUAAAUACUGAAUAAACAGAUUUUUGCUGUUUUUAGCCUUAUCUGGACUUUUGAUUUUGAUCGCUAUUGUGAUCCAUUUAAAUUCAAUAGUUUUAAGGUUUAAUUAGGUCCAACAAUGUUGUCAAGAUUUUUUUUACUUAAUCAUUUUAAGGGAACCUCUUCUAAAAAGUGGAAUUUUAUUUGCAACUACUUUUACGGAUACAUAUUAAUUUUAAAGUUUAUAAUUGUAAUAUUUAUUUGGAUGUAAUUCACUCUGUAAAUCCCUUGUAAACGACUUUUAAGUUCUCCUUUUAAAGAUUGUUUUUAAUUUUAACAUUUUGGAAAUUAAAGGAAAUAAGUUUU